AUGGCUAGUGAGAGUAGCGAUGAGGCGUGUGCAGCCACGCUGGCCCCAUCGGCUGGGGCGGAGCCCGCAACAGGGGACCCCUCUCAUUCACCCCUGGAUCCACAUGUGGAUCCAGGGGAGAUUUCGGAGAAGCACGGGGACCCGGCCGAGGGCCCGGGGCCCGGCUCUGAGGAUGCCCCAGCAGCACAGGGCCCAGACCAAGGUGCGGCCAAGCAGGAAGGAAACAACGAUAUCCUUGGGCUCUCCUUCCCAAGAAAGCUGUGGAUGAUAGUGGAGGACGAGGCCUUCACCUCUGUGCGCUGGAACAACGCGGGAGACACGGUGAUCGUCGAAGCAGACCUCUUCCAGAGGGAGAUUCUUCACCGGAUGGGAGCAGACAGGAUCUUCGAAACCGACAGCUUGAAGACUUUCAUCCGCCAGCUGAACCUGUACGGAUUCAGGAAGAUACGCCCAACCAGCCACUCUCCACGGAAGAAGAGGCUGAUGAUCUACCGCAACUGCAACUUUAAGAGAGACAACCCUCUGCUCAUCGAGAACAUUCAGAGGAAAGGUGGCCCGAGACCAAUCGCUUGGCCCGGCACCGGCGCAACGACCCCAAAGACAAAGAAGCACGUGGCGGCUACCCGAUGCUCGCCACGAAUCCAUCGCGACAAUUCCCCUGAUUCCACCAAAGGGGCCCACAGAAAGGUCCGGAAGGAGGCCCCCACUGCUCAGGGGCCCAGCAGUACCCGACCUUUCCCGUUCUCUGGCAUGUGGUCUAUGAGCAGUAUAGCCAGAGGGGUGGCACAACAACAUCCCCCCGGCGAGCAGGGCAGCCCGAGUGGGGAGGGCACCUCCAGGAACGUCAUCUUUGUGCCCCCGGCUAUCGCCGGAAGGGAUGGUACAGGGGAACUGCCCACCGCCCCUCCGGUUUACCCAGGUUAUAGCUCGGUGGUGUCUCUCUAUAACACCUGUUACUCCAUCCUGCUGGCGGCCCUCUCGGCCAUGGCCCCGAACGAGGCCCCGCAGGCGGAGGAGGAGCAAGAGGGCUCCUCAGAUUACAAGUGUGCCCUCUGCGAGCAGUUCAAGGAAAACCCCAAUCCCUGA